AUGGAGUGCGGAAAGAGCUUCUCUUUCAAUGCAAAACUUAGAACACACCAGUGGACUCACACAGAGAGAAAACUCACACAGAGAGAAAACUCACACAGAGAGUAUGGGAAGAACUUCAGUCAGAGUGGAAACCUUAAAGUGCACAAACGGACUCACACAGGGGGGGAACCAUAUGAAUGUAUGGAGUGUGGAAAGAAAUUUAGUAAUAGUGGAAACCUUGGAAGACAUCAACGGGCACACACAGGGGAGAAACUUUAUAAAUGUAUCGAGUGUGGAAAGAGCUUUAGUGAUAAUGGAAACCUUAGAAGACAUCAAUGGACUCACACAGAGGAGAAACCAUUUAAAUGUAUAAAGUGUGGAAACGUCUACAGUCAGAGUGGACACCUGAGAAGACAUCAACGUACUCACACAGGGGAGAAACCAUUUCAAUGUAUGGAGUGUGAAAAGAGCUUUAGUGAUAGUGGAAGCCUUAGCAGACAUCAACAGACUCACACAGGGGAGAAGCCAUUUAAAUGUAUGGAGUGUGGAAAGCGCUUCAGUCACAGUGGAAGUCUUAGAAGACAUCAAUGGAUUCACACAGAGGAGAAACCAUUUAAAUGUAUGGAGUGUGGAAAGAGUUUUAGUGAUAGUGGAAGCCUUAGAAUACAUCAACAGACUCACACAGGGAUGAAACCUUUUAAAUGUAUGAAGUGUGGAAAGAGCUUCAGUUAUAGUGGAAACCUUAGAAGGCAUCAACAUGCUCACAUCGGUAAAAAACAAUUUAAAUGUAUGGAGUGCGGAAAGAGCUUUAGUGAUAAUGGAAAACUUAGAACACAUCAACGGACUCACACGGAAGAAACCUUUUAA